CCAAGAGAGGUGAAAAAUAUAGUUCAUUUUUCAAGGCAAUUCCUUUUUCCCUGUGACGAUUUGAGCAAACUGAUCGAUCGCUGGGCAUCUUAACCGUUCGCAUACGUUAGGCAUACUCCUGCUGGGGAUAGCUGCUCGUUGGCUCUCUUACGUUUGACUCUUUUCGCCUCGCUUCUCUUCCUUUCCCUUUUUUUCCCCCCCUCACCCGCCGAAGCAGCAGCUAAAAACGAACCAUGUCUGAAGUGAACGUGACGAAAGUGAUAGUGAACAACCCCAUCUGCGACAUUUUAGAUCCAUUCGUUUUCACCAUCGAGUUUGAGGCGUUGAAUAAGUUAGAGGCCGAUUUGGAGUGGAAGAUUUUUUACAUUUCUGCUGUGAACAACGAUGGGGAGGGGAACCAGGACAUUGAGCUGGAUAACAUUUUCUUGGGGCCCAUCGAGCGCGGCGUGAUGAUGUUCGACUACGCGGUCAACCCGCCCGACUACAAGAACAUGGACGUCGAUAGCGUGCUGGGCCUGCAAGCCAUCCUCAUCUCAGCCAACUACAAAGAAAAGGAGUUCAUUCGGAUCGCCUACUACAUGAAUUCAUUUUACAAAGACACCGAGCUGAGGGAAAAGCCUCCAGCCGUACCCCAAUAUGAUAAAAUAUGUCGCCAUAUAUUUGUAGAAAAUCCCAGAAUUGUAAAAUUUUGCAUAACUUGGGAUGCAGAGGAGAAAGAUGAGUUUAAAGAAUUUGACAGAGAGAAUGAACAGAUAGAGUUAAUCAACUGCGUCAAGAUGAAUGGGGAAGAUAAUAGCAACUCUAAUAUAACGAAUGAGUCUACUCAGGAAAAUAUUUGCGUCUUCAGUGACGUCCAGGCGAAUGGUAAAAAGAGCACACACGUCGGGGCGGUCGAAAGCGCCAACGCGUAUGCCAGCGCAGGUUUGAACGAGCGGGCCGUCCUCAGCAGCAACGCCGCGUCGACUGACCUAGAUAAGUGCGAGCUUAUUAACGCCAACAUAAAUGGGAUCAGCCGGAUAACCAUCGACAAUAAGCACGCCUGA